AUGUCGAAUCUGUUUCAAAUCCUUCGCGUCUCUAGGUUAAAGGUUUCACAAAAGGUGUCUAGUUUAGUUCCUCUGAUCAAUACAUCCAGUCGAAAUCUCGCACAUGAUCCGGUUCACGUCGGAGCCAUCCACUCUCUUCUGAAGACGAAAGGAGCUCUUCAACUGCAACUUGACUUUGACGAUGACGAAAGCCUCUACAUGCACCAGCUCAUGCUAAGCCUUCAUAAAUAUCAUCAACACGGAUUACCCAUAACACACAGUGCUCAACGCGGCUGGUUUUGGGAUGUUCGGCCGUCUACAGACAAGUUCCAAAGCCAUAACCAUCAAGCACGAUCAGAGACUAUGCAUCGCUUUGACUGGCACACCGAUUGUAGCUAUGAAGAACAUCCACCAAAAUAUUUUGGCCUUCAAGUAGUUCAACCUGAUCGAUGUGCUGGUGGAACAUUGUCAAUACUAAGCGCUGAUCAGCUGUUGGGCCCACUCUCCCGCUUCGCGAGAGAAUUGCUCUCUAGCCCAAUAUACCAAAUCAACGUUCCUCCAGAGUUCAUAAAGAGCGCUGAGAAAAAAUAUAUUGUUGGUAAUCUGCUGGCAAUAACAGCAGGGCCCGAAGCUAGUUGCAAACUACGAUUCAGGGAAGAUAUUAUAACUCCUUUGACUGCGGAUGCAUCACGAGCAUUGGAUGAGUUGAAAUCUAUUCUCUACAGCAAUGAAGCCCAAAAAAAGGCCAUCCAUUUGACGCCGGAUACUCUUCCUCGUGGGUCAAUUAUCAUGAUAGAUAACCAUAGAUGGCUUCAUGCAAGAGAUGAGAUCAAUGAUCCCAAUCGUCACCUCCGCAGAGGCGGAGAUUCAUUUCCAAAUUCCUCCGAAGGGUUAGAUGUCAAGGUUCGAGCCCAAGAACGUGAAAAGUAUAUCGCAAAUUUGAGCAAGGAGAACUCUUCUUGGCCGGCCGGUGCUGUGAAUGCGUCCUGCCCUUGUCCAUUGUUAAUCACAGAAAGACACUCAGUUACAGUCAGAAAACUAGCUGAAGCACUUGAUUUAGCACUUCAAGAUAUCAUUGGACGCUGGUGGACUGAUGAAGGGGCUUCCUUCCCUCAGCGUAUGCCACUGGAGCCGGAGGAGGAAGAUCUAUUGCGCUGGAUAAACGACAAUCAGGGCCUCUGUCGCCCUUAUACUGAACGAAAGGGCUCCUGGAGGCCAGAUUUUGUAAUUGAGAAUGAUGAGACAGGAGCAGAAAACUUUAGAAUCUGCGAAAUCAAUGCUCGUUUUUGCUGGAAUGGCUAUAUGUUCAUUGGCUAUGGGCAAAAAGGUCUUUGCACGUCUGAUGCUGAGCAGCGGGGACUGAUAAACGCGUCUGAUCCUGAUGUUAUUUUCAACGGGUUGCUGAGUCUCUUUGACCCGAGUUUCCGCUUGCACCUUGUCAAAGGAAAGGAACGUGGGUGUGACAUUUUUAUGUUCAUGGAGUUUGCGAAGAAACUCGGACUUGAUCUCCAACUCAUCAACCCCGAUGAUCUUCGAAUCAUGCCUGACCCGGCAGGAGUAAACGGUUUUAAGCUUUGCUGUCUUGCACCAAAUGAUGGUAUUAGUACCAUUUUCACAGAGUCCGGCGAAUCGGUUGAGGAAGUUCGUCAGAUUUGUCUUGAGCUUCAUCAGCACGAAUUUCGUGCUCUGGAAUCGGAAAUGCAGCGACAAAUCAGUCUACGGUGCUUGAAUGACAUGCGGACUAUACUUCUUGUUCACGAUAAGAGAAUGCUUGGAAUUAUUCGUGAAGAACUUGGAUCCUUGAAAUCUCGGGGCGUCAUCUCUGUUGAGCAGGCAGAUCGCCUUGAUAAAGGCAUCGCAACCACCAUUUUGCCAGGCUCUUUGAAGCUUUUGGCCUUUAUGAAGGAUUGUCAAGGUCUCGACACCUUAAAGGAUAAGUAUCUUUUGAAACCUACUAGAGGAGGGAAAGGCGCAGGAAUAUUGUUUGGUGACGAGCUCAGCAAUUCUGACUGGUUGGUUUUACUUGAAACCAUGAGAUCCGCCGAGAUAUCUACGAAGGAAACUUCCUAUGUUGUACAGCGCAAGAUCUGUCAGCCCCAUUACGAUAUCCCUUUAGGGUCGGACGUUGUCCCAUCUCGCUGCUAUAUGGUUGGAACAUUUCAUAUCGUUAAUGGGAUAUUCCUGGGGCUCGGGAUCUGGAGAUGCAGCACUAGGAGGAUGUGUGCUAUAUCCACUGGUGGGGCAACUUGGAUGGUUUCAGUCAUGAGACAGCAACAGUCUAGCCAUACAGCAUUUCAUUUUUUUUACCAGUUAUGGUCAGGAGUGAUUGCUACAUUGAACACGUUUUCGUUCUAA